AAAGGACGAGCGGCUCAUCGUCAAGUCCAGUUCAACAUCCGACCGUGUUUGGUGCACACUGCUCCUCCGGUGAAGAAGCAGAAGCUGUGAGACAGAAAAUACAAGAUUACAGGACAUCUGAGCAUAAAAAGAACUGCUGUCUUUAACACAGAGGAGGGAGAAGUGCCUUUUUGUCAAGUUACCAACUUUUGAUAUUGGUGACUGAACAGUCCUGACCAUGAGAAGUGUGCGUGCGUGCUUCUGUCUGGCUCUGCUGCUUCCUUUGUGUGUUCAGAGCCGGAGGAGCAGUCUGGCUGUUGCCAAACUCGAUGAAGACACAGAGAGGGACAUGCUGGCUGUCGACAUCUUAAACCGCAACGGUGCGUUGAGCUCACUGCUCCGAUCACAGCAUCAUCUCGUGCUCAGGCGAGCCCCGCGCCCUGCCUCCCAGGUGCCAAAGAGAGCCCAGCAGGGGUCCCGUUUUGCUCUGUCCCUUGAUGUUCCCACCAGCAUCCUCAGUGUACUCAUAGACCUAGCCAAGAAUCAGGACAUGAGGACCAAGGCAGCAGCCAAUGCAGAGCUGAUGGCACGAAUAGGCAAGAGGAAAUGAAAGCCCCCCGGAGAAGUUUGAAGGCUUGAUGGAGGAAAUCUCACUUCACAACAGAGCUAACACAUUGCGGCACUGACACCUGGUUAGAAACAAUGUUAGUUCAUGUGAAAGUAGUCAUUGCGGUCAGUAUCUGUCCUUUAGAGCUUAGAUCUGCUUUACUUUUAUACUUUAAUCCAUUUACAUUCCACACACAAACCACACCAUGGACUGAUUAAUCACUACAGUGAUGUGAAAAAACAAACA